AGCGAGACGCCUUAGCCAAGGUUCACACGUCAUUCAACCGUGCACAGUACUAGUGGUACUACCGCCCUGCAGACGUGCGUGUCAUACUGUUGGUGGAUCUGUUUGUUUGUAUACACAGCUGUACCACUGUAACGAUACAUACUGGUCACAUGGAACAGAUACCAGGCUGACAUGUCGACUACGGAACACCGGAAACGAUAGAGAUUCUGCGGCCAUUGACAUGUCGGGAGUACCGUGCUCACCCUAGUGGAUUGUACGCUCGCCAUCACUCAUCAACAUGCUCAUCCAAGGAUUCAUCCCUCUCCUCAUCUCACAAAUCAUCUGUCUCGUGUCAUGUGUCGUAUCAAAGGAUGUGUCACCUAACGUGCCAAAAAUCGUUGUCCCCGGAUAUUCUUACCUUGUGCCAUAUGGGCGAUCUGUGAUGCUAGAAUGUCACGUGAGUGGGAUUGAACCAAUCAAAAUCAAGUGGUGGACUCGAGGCAAGCACUUAGUAGACAGUGCUGUGUAUCAUACCUCGCUCAUAACUACCAGUGAAGAAAGAGACACUCUGUUGCUAUGGAUACAUUCAUUAUCAGAGAAGGAGACAGGGACAUACAUAUGUAGUGGAUCGAACGCAUUCGGGGAAGUAACAGACAAAAUUUAUGUUAAUGGCUACGAAGACGAGGGUGUUCCAGGCGAGGAGGAAGAUGACGUGGAGAUUGGGUACUUUACCUCAGAAAAUAGUGCACACAAACGCUCAACCAGCGGAGUCUUCAUAUACCUAGCUACUAUUGUCACCACUCUCGACAUAACAACGACCAUUAUCUCGUCUCUCUUAUCAUGUCUAGUUAAUGCCUUCUUAUAGUGUCAUUCAGUAGGUUGUCUCGUUCUGUUUAUUUCUUUUUAUUGUUAUUUUGUUGUUGUUUAUUUGUAUUCGAUAAAUGAAUAUGAAAAUUC